UGCCUAAAAAACACAGAAAAGGAUUAGGAUUACUGUUGAGUUUUGAUAAUGGAAAAGGCGUUGACCUUUUUUUUAUUCGUCAAUUUGAUUCAACUUCGACCUGAGGGUGAGGGGCGGUAUAAAAGGGCCGAGUUUCGAAAGGAGACUUCAUUCACCGUCAAGACUUUCACUGUUUCAUUACUUCAAUCAUUGAAAUUAUAUUUUGUUCAAGUGUCAUCAUCAUCAUGUCCUCAUCAACAGUACAACAAAGGCGACGAAAGCCGAGAGUUGUGUAUACUCAACAAGAAGUGAAUUUUUUAGAGAGUGAAUAUUUUCAUUGUAGAGAUCCUGAUCGUCAUGUUAGACUAAGAAUCGCCCAUGACUUGGGAAAAGAUGUUGAUGAAAUUACAACUUGGUUCAAGAAUAGACGGUCAAGAGUCAGACCAGCCAAAAAAUGUUCUGUUGUGUUACCAGAGAACCACAAAGAACAUAACUGUGUGAUUUCAAAUAAUUUAAGUGCUGUGGAAACCAACAACGACUUGGAUCUGGUGCUCGAGACGUUUAAUUUGAAUAAACGAGCUCGAAAAGAACGUUAUACUUUCACCAAACAACAAAUACAAGGACUUGAAAGCGAGUUCACUAAAUGUCGAACUCCCGAUCACACCAAGAAAGACGUAAUGGCUAAAAAAUGGGGAUUAACUCGUUCUAUUGUGUCAAACUGGUUCAAAAAUCGUAGAACCAAAGCCAAGAAGGAAGCCAGCAAAGAAAAUACAGCUCCACCACCGAUAAUCACCCAUCAACCUCCGGUAUCAAUUGAUCAAUCACCACCAGUGUCUUACCAACAACCACCAGCGCCAACUCUACUGGGACCUGUAACAUCGAGGGAUCAACCACAACUGCCACCAUCACCACCAAUGGAAUCAUAUCAUCAACAAUCAAUUCCCUUCGAACCACAAAUUUUAUAUCAACCUCUUAUGCCAAUUCAACCAGCAUUGAUGGAACCUCCACUUCCAAUAGAACUGCCAAUGUCUCCAACAUCCUCUUCUUCCUCUUCUUAUACAGACUUUUCUCAUUGUCUAAGUACUGUCCUAAAUAAUUAUAAUGAACCUGUAAUAUCGAGUGAUCAACCACUAAUGUCACAUCAACCUCUUAUCCCAAUAGAACCACAAAUGUCCCCAAACAAUGCUAUGAUCGACCAUCAACGAAAUAGGUUAUAA